AUGAUCUACAAUUCGAAAAUCAACAUAGAAAAAAACCGUGCACCUCUUCUUCGCAGAUCAUCCGUCGACCUUGACGGUAUCAGGGACUACACCAUCACCGUGGAUAUCUCCCUCCUCCUCAAGGACCCGGACUCUAAUGAGUCCCAGACCACAUCACCACCCGACAGAAACCAAACAAGAUCUACAUCCGUUCAAUCAUCAAUCACACAACCCGAAAUACCAAACUACGCUGCUGCCGUUUCUGCAGCCGGCGGAAAAAGAAGUAUGGGUGCUCAUCCAUCAGAAUCUCCUGCUAAGAAGCAAAGUAAAUGGUCGGCCGAUGAAGAUGCCUUAAUCAUUGAUCUAAGAGGCAGUGGGAUGAAAUGGGAAGAUAUCUCUAAGAGGCUACCGGGUCGAAGUGCUAUUAGUUGUCGGUUACAUUAUCAAAACUAUCUGGAACGUAGGAGUGAAUGGGACGAAGAACGAAAGAACAAACUCGCUAGACUCUAUGAAAGAUUCAAACAAGAAAUGUGGUCAAAAGUGGCUGAAGAGAUGGCAGUUCCAUGGCGAGCAGCAGAAGCCAUGCACUGGCAACUCGGCGAAAACGACAUGGCAAGACGUGCUGGUGUCGUUCCCUUCUCUCUCUCAAGCGUAACUCUCGAUGCUCCGUCUUCUGGUUCGAGAGCUUCGCCUGCCAGGGGUCAUUCAUAUAGUCAAUCCACAUCUAGUACGAUGAAUUCAGCAUCUGGAGGUUCUCGAUACAGUAGACCUGGCACCGCACAAGGAAAUCCAAAUCCAAGAGGUGUAGGAGCCACUCGUACAAUCGCCGCCAGGAGAGAAAGCACACCUAGAUCAGUACCACCCACGAGCCCAACAGAUGGCCUGGCCUUGGCGGCUAUUGGAGGCGGUGGUGGCAUGAUGAUGGGUCAGGGUAGAGGAGGAUAUCUACCUAGUUUGUCGGAAAUGACCACAGGUAUGAGCCCGUAUAGUACGCCUGCUUAUGCGAUGUCGAUGCCCGGGCAUUCGAGUGGCUAUUCGAGUGGAUACCCGAGUCCUGGCCCUGGACCCCUCUUACCGGCUAUUGGCAUGUUGGGGCAGAGGAACGAUGGGAAGAGAAGGGGAAGUCCGGAGGGUGGGACACGGGAUAGUAUUAGGAGGAGACAAUGAGAGUCGUCGUGAUGCCUGAUGAAAGUUUGUUAUGUGCAAUGAUAUGAUGAUGGAUGGAUGGAUGGAAACGUGUGUAAAUGCGAUUGGCGUUGAGGAAAAAGUUAAUUUCUGUUUCUACACUUGUUUUCUUUUCUUCUAGGGUAAAGUAGGGUAUGGAAGGAAUGGAUGGGUAGAGUGAGCAUAUGGGGAUGGACCUUGCAUAUUGGAAUGGCGCGAUGCUUUGAAAAAAUAUCCCUUGGCUUUGGAUCAGGGCUUUAUGAAUUGGAAUUUAUGUUGAGCGGGAUGGAAUGGGGUUGAGAUGGGGUAGCGUAGCACGCAUUGCUUGCAGGCACGCAUGGUGUUCGAAACUAUACCUUCUAGAUUGUAUUAUGAUUUUUUGUAUCUUAACCCUUUUGAAUUCUUCUAAUUGCUUUUAUGAUUUGUGUAUCUACGUAUGUAU